AUGUCCACUGCUUCGAUACAAUCAUUGGCAGAGCAAAUCAAGAUAGAAGCUGCACAGGAAUCAUCCACCUCGGGUAAUGGCCAUGCUCGCCUUCUUCAACUCGUUGAUGAACUCAAGCUAGUCGUUGAGACACCAACGGAGACAAUCCUGCGGUUGAUUUAUCAACCCCCAGAGAAUGCUGCGCUGAGAACAGUGGUGGACCUUGAAAUUUUCUCUCUGCUAAUGAACAUAUCCAAGAACGAAGGAAUCUCAGCAUCGGAAAUCGCUGUUCGUACGGGCGCCGAUAGAGGGUUAAUCAUUCGCCUCAUGAGGGUGAUGACCUCUCUAGGACUGUGUUCAAGCUCGGAGGCAGAGAUUUACAAAAAAACCGACAAGACUCUCGCAAUGACCAAGCCGAUCGGACGCGAUGGAGUCCCAUGCAUAUAUGAUUUGACCCUUCCUGCCCUAUCCAAGCUUCCCGAAUACCUUCGUCUGAAUAAGUAUAUCAACCCAGAGGAAUACUCCAAAUCACCUAUGCAAUGGGCCGUCGGGAAAAGCCAGUUUGAAUGGCUUUCUGAGAACAAGAACCAACAGCUGCUUUUCAAUUCAUACAUGUCUAGUCGCCGUGAAGGGAAGCCGAAUUGGUUUGAUGUAUACCCUGUUUCAAGGCUAUUCGACGGCGCGAUAUGCACACCGGAAGCUCCAUUCCUGUUGGAUAUAGGAGGAAACGAAGGGUAUGAGCUAUCACGGUUCCUUACCAGAUUCUCGGACCCACCAGGACGACUCAUUCUGCAAGACCUUCCAACGAUGGUCAGCAAGGUCGACAGAAAUGGAAUAGAAACCAUGGCCUACAGCUUUUUGGACCCACAGCCGGUAAAACACGCCCGGGCAUACUAUUUCAGAGCUAUCUUCCACGACUGGCCUGACCGGAUAUGCAAGAGAAUUCUGCUAAAUACCAUCUCUGCCAUGCAUGCUCAAUACUCGCGCAUCAUUAUCGUUGACUUUGUGCUUCCAGACACAAAUGUCCCACGAAUGCAAUCUGCGAUGGAUAUCCAGAUGAUGAGUAUUGGAGCGGGUGUUGAGCGAUCCAAAACACAGUGGUCUGACCUGUUGGCUAGCGUUGGUUUAAAGAUCAAUGGCAUCUGGAACUCCAACCCGGCCAUGGAGUCAAUUAUUGAGGCGGUUCCGAUGGUCAAGUGUUAA